CGGCUGCGGCGGGAGAGCGCUCGGUGGAUGGGCGGCGGGCGGACGGCAGCGGCGGCAUCUGUCAGGUGGCGGACGUUACCCGGGGCGUAGGGGAUGAGCCUGUGAGGGCGGAGGAGCGCGGGUGGGGGUGCAGCCCGGCCGGAGCAGAGCCAUGUCUCAGCCGCAGCAGCAGCAGCCACCGCCGCCGCCGCCGCCGUCUCCUCAGCAGCAGCCGCAGCCGCCGCCUCCGGCCGCCUCCAAGAAGCGGGACCGACGCAUCUUCUCGGGCACCUGCCCCGACCCCAAAUGCCAGGCGCGACUUUUCUUCCCGGCCCACGGGCCGCAGAGCAGCGGCAGCAUCGAGUGCACGGACUGCGGGCAACGCCACGACCAGCGGCAGCUGCUGGCAGUGGAGGAGGUGACGGACCCCGACCUGGUGCUGCACAACCUGCUGCGGAAUGCACUGUUGGGCGUCAGCGGUGCCGGGCCCCCCCGCAGGAACACCGAGCUCGUCAAAGUCAUGGGCCUCUCCAACUACCACUGCAAGCUUCUGGCCCCCAUCCUGGCCCGCUACGGCAUGGAUAAGCAAACUGGCAAAGCCAAGCUCCUCACGGAGAUGAACCAGGGGGACAUCUUUGACUGCUCCCUCUUGGGUGACCGUGCUUUCCUCAUUGAGCCGGAGCACGUCGAAACCAUUGGAUACGGAAAGGACCGCUCUGGCAGCCUCCUCUACCUGCAUGACACCCUGGAAGACAUCAAGAAGGCAAACAACAGUCAGGAGUGCCUCAUUCCUGUCCACGUGGAUGGGGACGGCCACUGCCUCGUCCACGCUGUCUCGCGGGCACUUGUUGGCAGGGAACUGUUCUGGCAUGCUCUGCGAGAGAAUCUAAAGAAGCAUUUUGAGGAGAAUCUGAGUCACUACAAGGCGCUUUUCCAUGACUUUAUUGAUGCAGCAGAGUGGGAGGACAUCAUCAACGAAUGCGACCCUUUGUUUGUUCCUCCAGAAGGUGUGCCAAUGGGCCUUAGGAAUAUUCACAUCUUUGGUCUGGCCAACGUGCUUCACCGGCCUAUCAUCCUGUUAGACUCCUUGAGCGGAAUGCGAAGCUCCGGCGAUUAUUCAGCAACGUUCCUCCCUGGUCUGGUACCUCUAGAAAAAUGCAUGGGAAAAGAUGGCAUGUUGAACAAGCCAAUCUGCAUUGCAUGGAGUAGCUCAGGACGUAACCAUUAUAUUCCUCUAGUUGGAAUAAAAGGUGCUGCUUUACCUAAACUGCCUAGGAAGCUGCUUCCUAAAGCCUGGGGAGUUCCUCAAGACCUCAUCAAAAAGUACAUCAAGUUAGAGGAAGAUGGUGGGUGUAUUAUUGGAGGAGACAGAAGUUUGCAAGAUAAAUACUUGAUGAGGCUUGUUGCUGCCAUGGAGGAGGUUUUCAUGAGUAAACAUGGGAUCCAUCCCAGUCUUGUGGCUGAUGUACAUCAGUAUUUCUACAGAAGGACUGGUGUAAUAGGAGUCCAGCCUGAAGAAGUCACCGCAGCUGCCAAAAAAGCAGUGAUGGACAACCGCCUUCACCGGUGCCUCAUCUGUGGGGCCCUUUCAGAGCAUCAUGUUCCUCUGGAGUGGCUGGCUCCUGGGGGGAAACUCUAUAACCUGGCAAAAAGUACUCAUGGCCAGCUGAGGCCUGACAAAAAUUACAGUUUUCCUCUGAACAGUUUGGUGUGUUCUUACAACCCCGCAAAGGAUGUCCUGGUACCAGACUACAGUCUGAGUAGUUUGACUGCUUGUAACUGGUGUCACAGUAACUUAGUGCGUCGUGUCAGAGAAGAUGGAUCCGUUUCAUAUUUGGAUGGAGACAGAACUAAUACUCGGUCUGCCGGUGGCAAAUGUGGCUGUGGAUUCAAGCACUACUGGGAAGGUAAAGAAUAUGAUAAUCUCCCUGAAGCUUUUCCUAUUACUCUAGAGUGGAGUGGAAGAGUGGUGAGAGAGACAGUGUACUGGUUCCAGUAUGAAAGUGACACAUCUCUGAACAGCAAUGUGUAUGACGUAGCCAUGAAACUCGUUACCAAGCACUUCCCUGGUGAAUUUGGUAGUGAGAUUCUUGUUCAGAAAGUUGUCAACACAAUAUUGCAUCAAACUGCCAAAAAGAACCCUGACGAUUAUACUCCUGUAAAUAUUGAUGGUGCUCAUGCCCAAAGAGCUGAUGAUGUACAGCAAGGACAAGAAUUAGAGUCACAACUUCCAACCAAAAUUAUUUUAACUGGACAGAAGACAAAAACUUUGCACAAGGAGGAGUUGAAUAUGAGCAAAACUGAAAGAACUGUUCAGCAGAACAUUACAGACCAGGCUUCCAUAAUGCAAAAACGGAAAAGUGAAAAAUUGAAACAAGAGCAUAAAGGGCAGCCUAGGACUGCAUCUCCUGGGGCUGUUCGUGAGGGGCCAUCAUCCGCACCUGCUACACCAACAAAAACCCCGUAUUCUCCAACAUCUACAAAGGAAAAGAAAAUUCGAAUAACCACAAAUGAUGGGAGGCAGUCAAUGCUUACCCUGAAGUGCACUACCACCUUCUUGGAACUACAGGAAAGCAUAGCGAGAGAAUUUAAUAUUCCUCCGUAUUUGCAAUGUAUUCGCUAUGGCUUUCCUCCUAAAGAGCUUCUGCCUCCCAAAGAAGGCAUGGAAAACAAGCCUGUUCCUUUGCAGCAUGGUGACAGGGUCGCGAUAGAAAUCCUGAAAGGUAAGGAGGAAGGCAGGCAGUCUGCCUCAGCGCACUCGGCCCACGCCAUGAAGCAUGAAGAUGUUGCUGUGACCAGUAAAAUCUCAUCGAAGGAACUGCAAGAGCAAGUCGAUAAGGAGAUGUAUUCUCUCUGUCUUCUAGCAACACUAAUGGGAGAAGAUGUUUGGUCUUACGCAAAGGGGCUUCCUCAGUUGUUUCAGCAGGGUGGAGUAUUCUACAGCAUAAUGAAGAAAACCACAGGUUUGGCUGAUGGCAAGCACUGUACCUUUCCGCAUCUGCCUGGUAAAAACUUUGUGUACAAUGCAGCAGAAGACAGGCUGGAGCUGUGUGUAGAUGCUGCCGGGCACUUCCCUAUUGGUCCUGACGUCGAAGAGUUGGUUAAAGAGGCCUUAAGUCAAGUGCGAGCAGAAGCUACUUCCAGAAGCAGGGAAGCGAGCCCUUCACACGGAAUGCUGAAGCUGGGUAGUGGUGGAGUAGUGAAAAAGAAAUCGGAACAACUGCAUAAUGUAACUGCGUUUCAAGGAAAGGGCCAUUCCCUAGGAACUGCAUCUGGUAGUCAGCAGCACGAUCAAAGAGCCAGGGAAACACCACUUUUAAGAAAGCAUAGCACAGAAACGGACUUCAGUCCUUCUGCUAAAAUUGAGCCUUCUGUAUUUACAGCUGCUUCUGGUCACAGUGAGCUUAUCCGAAUCGCGCCGGGAGUUGUGACAAUGAGAGACAGCAGGCAGCUUGACCCCACUUUGAUUGAGGCGCAGAGAAAAAAGUUGCAGGAAAUGGUCUCUUCUAUUCAGGCUUCAAUGGACAGACAUUUGCGGGAUCAGAAUGCAGAGCAGUCAGCAUCAGGUGAUUUAUCUCAGAGAAAAGUAGAGGCAGUGAGUUCAACUGCUAAAACUGGGAGCUUUCAGGCUGGCUUAACCGAACCGUUUUCUGCACCAGGUGGCACUGAACACUUGAAUACCGAAUCAACUGAUGGUAAUGUGGUGAAUUCUGUGGGAUCAACAUUCCCUGCAAGGUCUAAAGCACAAAAGGGAAAUUCUGUUGAGGAGCUUGAGGAGAUGGAUAGUCAAGAUGCAGGAAUCACUAAUGCAACUGAGCCAAUGGAUCACUCUUGAUAGGUUAAAAUCUAAUAAGGAUAGAAGAAAUUACUGUUCAAAUGUCAUGUUUAUUGGCUGGGCCACACAAAGUGAUUAGUUAUUAAAUCUUGUAUGUAUGUCAAAGAUUAUAUCAUCUUAUUCAGUGCAUGAUAAGCGUGUGAUUGGCAAUAGCUUUCAAUAUUACCAUACUGCUGCCCAGGCUGGCUCUGUUACCUGUAAAUUAGUUAUUAGGAAAUGCACUGAGAUGAAUAUCUGCUGUAAAUGUGGGUUCUUGAAAAUUCUUUUUAGUUCCUUAAAAGUCUUAAAUUUUAAGCCCAUGUAAAGUUCUUACCGUGCUAGUUUAAGGUUACUGGAAAUGCUAGAACAGGUGAAACUAGAAAAGUGACAAAGUUAAUCCUGUCCCAGGUACUUAAUUCCACACAAAAAUACACUAUAAACAUGAAUGAUACAUAAAUUUCAAAAAGCAACUGAAACUAAAGUAAAUUUGAUAAUGCAGCAUAUACAGUAAUUUAAUUGCAUUGUGCUGGCAUGUCCUCUCAUUUAAAAAUUUUUUCAUUCAUACAGCAGGAUAAACUUGUCAGAAACUUCAGAGUAAGUGUAACUUUAGUAAACUCUCUAAUUCCUGCAUAUUGUCAGUUUAGGCAAGUUAGGAAAAAGGCCACUUAGUGUAGGAUGAAGACAAAGUGAAUGUGAUGUGGUUGUGCAUUGCUGGCUGAGCCAACACAACCAUUUUGGUGCUCUGUUACUGAGUGGUAGCGUGGUUUUAUUUCCUCCCAAAAACCGAGCUAGUCAGAUGCUGUGCAACUUUUCAUACAACUACAUGAGAGAAGUUGGCAAUUGCAAGAAACAACAAAAGUUCAAUGGCAAAUCCAUUGCUUUUAAGAGACUUUGGUUACUAGUGUUGGUUAGUAAUGGCAAAAAUUAAAUGACAGCUGUCCUCUUCAGAGCAAAUUAACAAUUUAUUGGAAAGAAAUGACUCUCUAACAUACAUUAUCCUAAAGUGUUCAGUGAUAACUGAGCUUUUGGAAGCUCGCUGUUGCCUCCAUGGAAACAAGGAACACAUGCUGUUUCAGUGUCUGUAGGACUAGCCACCCCUGUUAGCCUCACUUCAGCUGGUGAUGCAGGUUUCCACUUCAGUAGCGUGUUCAUCAGACCUGCAGUGCUAGUUUUUAAGAAGCAGCCGUUGUGCUUGCUCCCUAAGGAUGGAAUGUGUCUCUGAUACUGCACUUUGCUUCCUAUCUUCAUAGUCAUAUUUAAGUGCACUAUUGUUGCUUCCUCUAAUGGUAAAAUAACAUUGAAUGGAUGAAAGAUGUUAAUACAGCUUCCAAGGAAUUAAGAGCAUUUAAAUAGUGAAGUCUGUGUUUGUGCACUUGUGGGUUUCUACCAGUUCACAACUGUUGCUUGUAUUGUAUAUGUUUGUAUUCAGAAAAGCCUCCUCACUUUUUACAUUUCUAAUCACUUAAACAGUUCUAAGCACUAGUAUGAUAAAAUGUCCCAUGAGACUGAGAGAGGAUUUAUUUUUGUAUGUAAAAAUUAACUGAAGCAAGCCACUUAAAGAAUAGCUCCCGUUUUGUCCAAGAAAAUUAAAACACCUCUGAUCAUUAAGGUUUUAUGUAGAGGGAAAAAAUAUUUUAUGAUUUAGUACACUCCUUAUAGGUAAAAAAUAAGAAUAAUCACCUUUUUACAAAUAAAUGAAACAUUUUAAGAUCUCAAAUUGCUAACCUGUAAGUUACCAUUUUGGAAGCUUGGAAUGUAUGAAGUACUUUGGCUGAGAAGAUCUGACCUUGCAGAGGCACUGAUGAACUGGCAGGGCUUAUUCAAUGAGAAACAGGUUGCACAUGCAGCGGCUGGAAGCCUGCCAUGACUGAAACGGAAAACAUUUAGUCUCCUGUGAAUCAGCCUGGCUCUCUGAAGGCUGCUUCUAUAUAGAAAAUGUUGAGUAGAGGCUUGUGCUUUGUCACAGUGUGAGGUUUAGGAAAGUGUAGCAGCGGCGUGUUCCUGGGAAGGAGUUUAAGUCAGGAGGGGCUAAGGGGGAGGAUUGUCCUGGGUCUCUUAUAUUUUAGACAAGGUAGCUAUCACUUAGGCAUUUUUAACCUUUUAUUUAGAAAAAGUGUCUUCCUAGGCUGAAAAAAAAUAUGGGCAGUGUAUAUGAGAGAAUUUUAAGUUUGAAAUAAAUGGAAAUCUUUAUUGCACAUCAUCUUUAUUUCAAGGGAAGAUGCUCACUUCUUUCAUGCCUUUCUGGUAAGACUACAGAAGUUUGUGUGCCUUUUACUGUGUAAAGAGGAAGGCUUGGUUUAAUUUUGACACACUUCCCAUUUCAGCAGUAAUUUGACAUUUUCCCUCUUACCUAAACAGAAAUAGACAGAGAUAAUAGUUCUGUUUGACUCACCCUUUGAGUCAUCUCAGGUCCACUCAAGUCAUGUAGAUCAGAACUCUCCAGUUUCCAAAACAAAAUUGUCACAAAAAGGAACGGUAAAAUGAUGUCAAAAUCGCAAGAUCCACUGAUUGAAUUCCUCUGGUGUAAAGCAGGAUUGUGCAUAUUUCUUUGCAGUGUUCUUAUUUCACGUCGCUUUCUCAUGCAUCUAAAUAUCAAUGUUUUUGAGAAAGAUGGCUUUGAUACUCUCAAGCGAACCUGAACUUCAUCUACAUGCUGGUGAGAUGUGUAACUGUACAGAAGUGAAAUAAAGAACACUGAAGUGUAAGUUUGAACAGA